AUGGGAGGCUUUGCAAUUUUUCUACGACCUAACUUGAUUUCAUGGAGUUCAAGGAAGCAGCCCACUGUAUCACGUUCGAGUACGGAAGCUGAGUACAAAGCUUUAGCUAACGGCACUGCUGAGGAUACAUGGAUACAAUCAUUGCUCAAGGAGUUGGGAGUUCAUCAAAGAAGAGCACCUGUGCUUUGGUGUGAUAAUAUAGGUGCCACAUACUUGACAGCAAAUCCGGUGUUUCAUGCUAGAACUAAGCAUAUAGAAGCCGACUUCCAUUUUGUAAGGGAAAAGGUAGUUAUGGGAGCUCUAGAUGUACGAUUCAUAUCUUCAAACGAUCAGCUGGCAGAUGGUCUCACAAAGCCUACUACUCACAACAUGCUAGACAAAUUAAAACACAAUCUAAACCUCAAAUCGGUUGAGAUUGAGGGGGGAUGUUAA